GGAAUCAAGAGAACUUUUAGCAAGCCAGGAUAUUAAACAGUUAAUAACACUACAACAAAGACCUUUGGUUAGCUAUAUCAGAUAUUGUAAUCACCUUGACCUUGAAUAUACCUUCGCAUUCAUUUAUUUGCUAAUCGAUUCUGACCAUGAAAAUGAUUAUCAACGAUAUGUCCUUGAGCAAGAAAUUUUCAAACUUUUCAUGAGUGAAUGUUCAAACAUAAAGUCCUUGACAUUAAAGGCAUUUAAUUACGAUGUUAUAUAUAAACAACAAUUGCAUAACUUUCUCGGAGCAAACAAUUGUCUUCCGGAACUCGUUCAUUUAACAUGUAUCACGAAGAUCGAUCCGUCAUUCUUUUAUGGAUUAUCCUUGAUCUGUAAAAGGUUAGAAAAAAUUAGUUUAAUAUCAUUUUUAAAAGAGAAUUUUGGUUUGAAUCGAUUCAUUAGCGUUCAACAAAAAUUGAAAAUUUUCGAGUUUGAAAUUGAUAAAUUUCAUGAAAUAUUCAAUCAAGAUAAAACAUCACUUAUAGGAUUGGGAACUGCACUGUUGGAACAUUCGGAACACCUUCUACAAUUCUCUGCUCAUUUGGAUCGAGAAAUUAAUUUCCCUCCACCUGAAUUUUACCGAAGAUUUAAAAAUAUGAGAGUAGUGUCCUUAUUGAAUCUUAAUCAUAGGACAUAUUUUGAAGGAUUAUUUUCUCUUUUAGAUUGUCCUAAAUUGGAAAUACUUCAUUUGGGAUAUACUUCACAAGCUACUUUAUCAAAAAUCAUCUCUAGAACCGAAGGAUCACUUAAUUUGAUUCGAGUAAGAAAAUAUUUUUACGACAAGAUUCAUUCCAAAGGGUUGUUUCAAAUCAUUUAUCAACGCUGUCCAAAACUUUCUAGUGUUAACCUUGUAAUGGAUCAAAAAGAUUUAAAAGACUUGCAACAAUUAUUGAUAGAUUGUCGAAGUUUAACUGAACUUAUACUAGUAUCUACCCGUAAUCAUGGAGGUUUCAAUUGUGGUAUUUUGAACUUGAUAGUUACGUUUGCGUCAUUAAGCCUUGAUACUGUUAAUUUAAUGCUUAAUUGGGAGAUUACGAUGGAAGAUUUGAUAAAAUUUUUGGAAAAUUGGGAAGGUCGAAAUAGAAAUCCAUUGACAUUUAAAACUUAUCACGUUCAAAGUAUGACAAAUGAGCAUCUUGGCGUUCUUCAUAGGUAUAUGGAAAAAGGAAUUAUCAAGAUGUAUAGGAAUACGCGUUCAAAUUAA